GGAACAUCGUCGCAGUCGGAGAUUUCUUCCCUACGUCAGGAUCCUUCAGGCAUUGGACGAUUCUAGGGGUCUUCUCGCUGUCGUUGGCUGGCUUGCUGGAUUGGGAUUUGGGGGUUCUCGGACUCUGCGUUUUUUCGGGAGGUCGAGCACUCUCAGUUCCGAGGUGGUCGCGAAAGAUUGCCACCUUACUGCCCUGGCUGUUGUUUCCAGUUCUCUUUUUCUGGGGGAUGUCGCCGCUCCUCCCUCCGAGGCUCCGCUUUGAGAUCACCUCGCCUAGGAUCGCUUGUCUGAGCGUCCUCGUCCUGAUCCUCGUAUGGUACAAGGCUUUGGUGCCUCUAUUGAAUUAUUUGCAGGCUUGUAGGGCCGCUCGCGAGCACGAGUGGCAGCGGACACUUGCAAUCGAGAUGCAGACGCUUUUGAAGACUGCCAUCCGCUGUUGCCGGAACUGUCACACUCCGUACAGGGACCAGAAUCCGACUGGAGUCCGCUUCAAGUGCUCAUACUGCGGCCAAUUUUCUAAAAAGCCCAUCUUGGAUCUUCCACGUUCUGUUAGGAGCUCCACGUUCAGUAAACUUAUGAGGAAUUUUGGAUGGAUAUGGAGUCAGGAUCAGGAAGCCCUGAGAAAUAUCAACAGGGGUUGUUCUACAGUGGCAAAAUUUUCAUCAUUUCUCUUUUUCUUUCCUUUCAAUCUGAUUUUCUACUUAUUUGUCCAUAUGAGAUGGUUCUGUAAAGUAGCGUUCAAACAUAGUUCAACAGAAGAUGAUUCCGACACAGACCACAGAGGGGUGUUUUAUAAGAGAGGGGAUGGAGGAAACCUUCAUGAAAGCGGAUGGGAGAAAACGAGGAGGAAAGCUGAAGAGAAACGUCAGGCAAAGUUGGAAAAAGAAAUGCUGGAAGAGGAAGAGAGAAAACAAAGAGAGGAAGUUGCAAGGAUGGUAGAUGAAAGGAGAAAGAUGAGAGAUGAGAAAUUGAAAGCUGAGGGAGAAACUACUAAGGGUUCCAUUGCUGAUGUGGAAAGGAACAGUUAUAAGCAAGCUAAGCAAGCGGAGAAAAGAAGGAAAGAUCGAAGAAAUGUCAGGGAUAGGGGAUCCGGUAAAAGCAACUCGGAUGUUGAAGAUUUAGAGAAGAUGGCAAGCAGCAUGAAUGAGAGAAAGCAUGGGUUUUACAAUAAGAAUCACAAUGAGAGACAUAAUGUAGUGAGAAACACAGCAGUGAUAUCAAAGCCACUUGCCUUGGAGACAUCACUUGGAAAUAAAGUGAUUCCAGGUAAAACAAGAUACUCUAGUCAUAUAACUAGCAACUGUCCAUCAAGAGGUUUUGGUGGCUCCAUACUUUUUGGGAGAAAUACCCAGAACCCAACUGGUGCUGUAAAGAAAUCAAUUAAACCAGUUACAAUCUUCAUGAAUCAUACUUUGAAAAAUGUAAGAAAUUCUCAAGUGGCUGAAGCUGCAAGUGUUAAUAUCCCGUCAAGUGGAGAUAAUAAAAUUCUCAAAAGCAACCUUCAUCAGCCUAUAAAUUCAUAUGUACAACCACGCCAAGCUAUUCUAAUGAAACCAUGGCACCAACUGUUUACUAAUACAGAUACUACUAACCACCCUGAUUCAGCUACUCCAACUAGUCAAAACAAUAACAGUCAAAUAGAAGCUCAGGUUACAGGCGUAAAUAAUCAGAAGUUGCUUCCGGACAAUUUCUGCGAUAGUCAAACUAAUUUCACACAACCAUUUUCUUUAAAUUCUAUGACCUCAUCCAAUGUCUUAUUUAGUAGCUCUUCGCCCAAAAGCUUGUCAGAUGAAUCUUUAUUUUCUUCCAUUAAGGAUUCAACACCAAGUGUUAUAUCAGAAGAACCAGAAAUUUUUGAAGAUCCGUGCUAUGUGCCGGACAUGAUAUCCUUGCUUGGUCCAGUUUCUGAGGAACUUGACAAUUUUCCAUUAGAUACAGGGUCUGAUUUUCUUUGCAAUGAUAAGGUGGUGGAAUCUCAAGCAUUAAUGUAUCCUUCUGCUCCUGGAAUCAUAUCUAAGCCUUCUCCAAUCGAGUGCCCUAUUUCUAGAUUGCAAAAUUUAGAAGAAAAGCAGACUACUUUUGGCCAAGUUUCAUGUAACUUAAAGUCUCAGGAUUUACAUACGACGAAUGUUGAUGGGUCACAAGGUACAUGGCAGAUGUGGGAACCUCCAUUGGAUCAGAACAUGGGAUUAUUAGGAGGGUCUUCCAGAUGGCUUUCAACCAUAGGACAUCAGCAUUCACAACAAGAAGAAGUAUUAAAUCUUUUCUCGAACAACUCUUUGGUAUCACAAAGCAUAAGGGAAGCACUGCAGUUUUGAGUACCAAGUCUCCACAAUAUGUUCUUGGUGGUUUUCCACAGAAUGGAGUCACACAUGGUGCAUAUAGUGCUGCAAUAAUCCUUGGAUGCAGACACCACCUUUGUGAUCAUUAGCUUUUGAUGGAGAAAACCAUUUCCUUCCCUUGUGUCUCACAGAUAAAGUGCAACAAAUUGCUGCAAUGGUAAUUAGUCCAAACAAGUCAAAACCUGAUUUCUCUAUUGUAUCUCCUAUUAGUUGGCUGAGGUAAGGAUUUAAUAUGCAUAACAAUGGUUCCUUGCAUAAUCUAGUUUUUCUGUAUUGGAAAUAUAUUUAUACUGUUUAUCUUCACUAAAAAAUUUGAAUCCCUUUGAACAUUUUGACAUUGUGCUUCUGUGUGUACUUACUGCCUGACGAAUUGCUGAAAAUGAGUUACAUUUCUUGGA